CCCUAUAAAUACCGGCUGCCUUCCCUCGCCUCUUCCUCAGACAAACUUCAUCCCUUGUCGGUCUUUGAGGAGCUUCGCACGGGCACGCAAUCCACAGCCGAGCCAUGAGGAUCCUUUACCUGCUCUUUGCUGUUCUCUUCCUCCUCUUCCAGGCUGCUCCAGGUUCUGCCGAUGCACCUUUUGCGGACACGGCGGCAUGCAGGAGCCAGGGGAAUUUCUGCCGCGCCGGGGCAUGCCCACCCACAUUCGCUGCCUCGGGAUCGUGCCAUGGGGGGCUGCUGAAAUGCUGUUCCAAGAUUUUGGCAGAGUAAGAAGAGAGGGCUGGGUCAGUGCCCUCGUACCAGCAACGUCUCCACUGCCUUGAGGAGGUGAUUUUGAUGGAUUCCUCCUCCGUCUAAACCUGCAAAUGAGCAUUCCAAGAAGCUUCCAGAGGGCACGUCCUGUUAGCGCACUGCUUCUGGAGAUCCAGGUGUUUCUUUGCUGAAGUCACUCCCUUUUUUUGCUUUUAAUUAAUACACAAGCCACUUUGGCACCUUGGCCACCUAUUCCAGCCUACCUCACAGGGAUGUUUGGUUGUUCAAUCUGUUCAGGUUCCUGCAGCUCUUGGAGCAUGUGAAGCAAAAAAUAUAUUAUUAUUUUAUUCACACACAAAAAUAAAUGUCUUCUUAAACCAAUAA